AUGGGUUUUGACGAUUUGCAGAGGCCCGUUUCAGGCUUAGCUCAUGCGCUAGAGAGACCUUCCCCGUCAUUGGCGCAGAAUUCCGCAACCACUCGUCUGGAGCCGCAGAAGGCCAUCACGAUUUUACUCGAUCAGCAUGACAAAAUCAUUUUCGCGUACCUCACACUUGCGCGGUCUCUCAGUCCAAGCCUCCACUAUUUUCCUGGCCAUGGCUCACUCUCAAGCGACCAAGUCCUGGCUGUCGGGGCACUGAGAGAUUAUGCCGAUGAUAAAAUCAGGACCUUGUUGGAACAAGCUCGCAAGCUUUCAAGCGACACUGAACAACGCAAUUACCCGCGGGGCCUUAUCGGCCAAGAAUCUGGCUUCGCAUACUCGUACCUCCCCUCCUCGGGGCAUUUGCAGGGAACUGUGCACGCUCCCGGCGGUAGCGCAUCUGUCCGCGCGCCGCCCAAUGGCGUUCAGAUUGAAGGCUCCCAUCAAAUCACCCCGAAUACUUCCGACCUUGACCAGCACCAGACGUUUGACAAGACCAAUACUUCACGCAAAGCAACAAAGGCAGUCAAUCUCUAUUGGUGCACUAUCUGCGAGAUCCGGCGCCCUUACAAGAAUCUCUCGGACUGGAAGAAACACGAGAAGGAGCAUGUGGAUACAUAUGUCUGUAUGCUUGGGGGCCCAUUAGAAAAGACUGAGGGCGGCACCAAAUGUAUCCUUUGCGGAAUAUCGAACCCAAGCGAAAAGCAUCUUGGCGCGCACAAGAUCCAGAUAUGUGGAAAGGGAGUCCCAGGCUCGUUCUUUUGUAAGAGAAGGGCUGACUUGGUCGAACAUUUGAAGAAAUUACACGACGUUCAGGGGAAGGCCCAAGGUAGAGCCAUAGCGGAUAAGUGGAAAGAAACCACCAAGAAGCAAGCGUGGUCAUGUGGCUUCUGUGGUUACCUGGUUCACACCUUUGGAGAUCGUCUCAAGCAUGUCGCAACGCAUUUCGAGCGCGGUCAAACACUUGAUGAGUGGGACACUACCAAAGUAAUAGAAGGCUUGUUGUUACAACCAAGAAUGGCGAGUGCCUGGAAAGCUCAACUAGAUUCCCUACUGGGCUGGGAGUCUUCAAAAAUCAUCUGGGAAAGGCAUGUUGUGAAAGGUUUGCAGCACGAUCUCGAAAUAGGGCCAUCCGAUACAAAGCAUGCGGCAGCUCUCGCGAAAGCAGCGUACAACGCGCGCCAGUCCAAUUGGCAUUUGCUCAACGACUACAAGCCGCUUGGCUUUGCACCGAUUCAUGGAGCAAUAGGAUCGAGUGCUAACGUGCCGACAAGCGGCUAUGGUUCCAUCACGGAAGGAGCAUAUGAGCCGAGCUCGGAACACGACCAGUUUCAGUUUGUAGCACCCGCCGACACCCUUCAUCAUGGUGUCUCGGCAUUGGGCGGGGUUCCGACGGCCACCUACGACUACGGUACCUUCCCAGCUUCCUCUUCGGACGAUGGCAGUAGCUUAAUGCAAGAUCCUUGGCUAUCGGAUCCUUUCCAGAAAAGUUCAUCUGCAGCAGACCAAUACACCGGCCUCAAUGUGCAACAAGAGCAAAGCAGCAUUACCAGCGGGAUGCAUAUCUGGACGACACCAACAGUGUCCAGCGACGACCCAGGUACUGAUGAUAUGUUUGCGUAG